UGUGACACCAAAAGUCCAAAACGUUCUUCUCUGUGAUCAGAGACUCUUGGUAGUUUUAGGCUUUGGACUUACCUGAUGCUUGUCCCUGUGCAGGUACGGUGACAUGAGAGUGAUGAUGACCUACGAGCUGUUCAGCAUGUGGCAGAACCUGGGUGAGAAUAAGAUCCACUUCAUCCCCGGGAUGAUCGGCCCGUUCCUGGGAGUCACGCUGGUCCCUCAGGUGGAGGUGAGAAACAUCAUGAUCCCCAUCUUCCACGACAUGAUGGACUGGGAGCAACGCAAGAACGGAAACUUCAAGCAGGUGGAGGCUGAGCUGAUCGACAAGCUGGACAGUUUGGUGUCUGAGGGGAAAGGUGACGAGAACUACAGAGAGCUCUUCAGUUUGCUAACCCAGCUGUUUGGGCCCUACCCCAGUCUGCUGGAGAAGAUUGAGCAGGAGACAUGGAGAGAGACGGGGGUUUCCUUUGUCACCUCAGUCACGAGGCUGAUGGAGCGGCUGCUGGACUACCGGGACUGUAUGAAGGGAGAUGAGACAGAGAACAAGAAGAUCGGCUGCACUGUUAAUCUGCUGGUGAGAUUUAAUGUUGCCCUGAUGUUUUUCCUCACUGACUUCCACAGACCCUUUACUGUGACAAAUGCUCUCUGGUAUUUACUGGACCACAUGCACUAGUGUAGGUUUGGAUUA